AUGAAUACUUUUGCAACCGAGACAGUUCGGAUCCUGGAAGAUGUCGGAUGCACCAAAGCCUUCGGUGUGUCCGGGGGUUAUGUAUUCCCUCUAUGGCAUGCUUUGGCGUCGUCUGCUAUUGAGGUCUACCAUUGUCGUAGCGAGAAUGGUGCAACCUUUUCAGCAAUGGAGCAUUCUUUGCAUACAAAUACAAUUGCUGCUGUUUUUGCCACCAGUGGUCCGGGGCUCACAAAUGCCUUUACAGCCCUUAGGAGCGCCCGUGCGGAUGGGGCCAAGCUCGUUCUUCUGUCCGCAAUUACGACGGAAAACGAGCAUGACCCAAAGAAAGUACAAGAGUUCUCUCCAGAAAAUGUUCAAAUUUUCACCGGGGACUCUCUUCAGCUUCCAUUCAGUCAGAGCUUGGUCAUACGUCAUCGCACCGACCUUGCGAAACUCUGGCAAGUGUUGUAUCAUCUUCAGUCAAGCUGUUCAGGUACUUUGGGUGCCUUCGUUGCACCAGAUAUUCAAAAGUCUUUCGUUGCACCACUGGUCGGGCGUGAAGCGCAGAAUGGAGUUGCCCCAAUCCCCGGUGACCCGAAGAUCCACCGCUGGAUUCACUUUGUUCAAACCAAACUCCAGAAAGGAAAGCAUGUCAUCUGGGCAGGGUAUGGCGCCGUGAAAUCUGCAAAUAAUCUCUUGGAGUUGGCCGAAAAUUACGACACAUCUGUCAUGACCACUCCACGCGCCAAGGGCGUGUUUCCCGAGACACACCCACUGUCUUGGGGGUGUACCGGUCUUGGAGGCAAUGUGGAAGGAAGUCUUUCCAGAGCUGGGAGCGACUGGGGUGUGAUUGUACUUGGCUCCCGUUUGGAGGAGCUAAGCUCAUCGUUUAUCCAAUUUGGUUGGAAAGAAAGAGAAAUCAUUGCGGUCACGAAUACGCCAGAAGGUAUUCGGCGCAAUCUGCCACCACACGCAAUGGUAAUCGAUGCAGAUGUCACGGAACUCCUUUGUGGUCUCGUGAACGCGAUCACAAUGCCAAAGAUGUCGACAUACAGGCUGGAGCCGUACAUGAUUCCCCCUGGAAUGGCCACUCCUAAUGGACUACAUCCUGUAUCGGUUUUGUCGGCAGUUCAGGAGAUUGCAGUACGCAAGCACAACUACACCAUUAUAGCGGACAUUGGCAAUACGCUGGCAUGGGUCACGCGCUAUCUUAAAUUUAACAUGCCAGGCUACUUCCGCAUCAGCACACAUGAGGCCGCAAUGACUCACGCCGCAUGUGGAGUGGUUGGAAUCGGAUCGAACAACACCCCGGUUAUUGCAAUUGUCGGUGAUGGCGCAAUGAUUAUGCAGAACGAGCUCAGCACAGCGGUGCGAUAUCAAAUGCCGAUUAUAUGGCUGGUGAUGAACGAUAGCCGCUACAAUAUGUGCCAGCAGGUCUUCAACAUUGAAGGGGCGGAAAUACCAGAUUGCGCCAUUCCGCCCAUUCAAUUUGCUAAAUAUGGCGAAGCGAUAGGGGCCAAGGGACUGACAGUAGGGCCUAAUCAGGACAUAAAUGAGGCUCUCAGUCGAGCAAUUGCUUGGAAAACCCCAACUGUGAUUGAUGUUAAAAUUGAUGGUAACAUUCCCGCUCCUAUUGGAAGUCGUGUCAGAUCUCUCUCGUCCGGUUGA